UUAUAUAAUAUUUUUUAAAUUUAUAUAAUAUUUUUUAAAUUUAUAAAAUUUAAUUUAAUAAUUUUUUGUUAAUUUAUAAAAUUUAUCAUUUUCAAAUAUCCAAAAAAAUAUAAAUUUUAUUUUAUAUUUUUUAAAUUUUAUUUAUUGGUUAAUUUGAAAAUGAUAAAUAAUAGAAAUUAGUAAAAUAAUUUGAUUUUGAUUUUUUUAAUAAUUUUUAGACUGACGAGGCAAUGACAUGACGGGUUGACCAACGAUCAACGGUGUUGACCAUCCAAAAUGAUGGUCAAACCAUGUAUCGAGCCAAUUGAGUCUAUAUGCUGCAUAGUUGAAGCCAUAAUGUUAAUUUCUGAAACCAUUCAACAAAGUUGAUUAUAUGUUCAUAGUUCAGGCCAAAAUAAGGUAUUAACAAAAAAUAAACUACUAAUUAAUUUGAAAUCAUUCAUAAUUAUAUUCAUUAACCUCCUCAUCAUUGUCAAUUCACACGCGUUGAAUUUUUUAUUUUGUAUAUGUUUUAUGAAAAACCUCAAAUCCAAAGUUAUAAUUGAAAGUAUUUGAUUUGUUUAGUUAAGUACUAUAGAAUUAGUUAAUUAACAAAGUCACACAUAUAGGAAUUUGUUUCAAAAACUUAUUCUCAUAAUAAUAAAAAAAUAAACCACAUAUAGACACGUACAACCUUAUAACAAAAGAAGUAGUUAAUAAUAUAAUAAUUGGUUUUAAAACAUUUUCCAACGAAUUACGUUUUUAAUUAGUAUAAUGAAGUAUUUUGUUUGGGUAUUUAUAAAUUAAAAGGACAAAAGUAUAAUUCACUCAGAAAUCUAGAAAUUUAGAAUUAAUCCUUUUUCAUGGAGAACCUCUUUAUAUCAGUGUUAUGAUGAUGAUAUGAUCUCAUUUUUAAUAUGUAUUAAAUAUUUACUUAUAUUAUAUAAAAAUGACACAUCUAGUUUUGAAGUUAUGGAUCCGCCACUGCUAAAUAUAUAGAUCAUAUAAAUGCGAAAUUCAUUUGGUUUAAGUUUGACAUCUCACUCUUCUCCCUUAUCAAUAAUCAAUAACAAAUUGAAUAUUUAUUAUUUUUUAUCUGUUGGUUAUAUUAAUUUAAGCACAAUUAAAUAAACUUGUUUUCAAAUAAGGAAUAAAAAACAUAAUUAAACACAACUUCAACAUAAUUAACUUACAAUUACAACACAUAAUAAAAUAGAAUAGAAAAACGAAGAAUAUUUUUUAUGUAUGAAUUCUCUUCUCCAUUAGUGAUAAUUAACAAAGUCCUUCUUCCAAUAGAGUACGGGUGUUUAAAAUUGAAGGCCGGAGUUUUAUCAAGUAUUUGGACAAACAUAUCCUUCCUAAGGCUCGAAUUUUAGAAUUAAGCAUGUUCUCACAAAGAACCUCUGUAUAUUAGUGUUAGGAUUAUGAUUUUGAUUAGGAUAGUUGCUCCAUCAAAUAAACAUAUCCCUAUUUGACUAUAAUAUAUAGAUAAUUCUUCGGUUCACUCACAAAUAUGAGCGUGUACAAUGCAGCCUUUAAGGGAUCGUUUGGAUGCAAUUAUGUUUUGCGGGACUUGGUCUAAAUUUGCAUAGUUUGCAGUAAUUGAGUUAAAAUAUUGUGUUUGGUCUUACCAAAAAAAAAUAUUGUGUUUGGAUGGGCUAAGUAAGCAAUGUAAUUUGCCAACAUUACCACUGAAGCGUGAAAGGGAAAACCGGCACCACUUGCAUUUGACAUUCCCACGUUUGAGGUUAUUUUCCUCCCAAUUUUGAUCCUGGUAAUUUAUUGUAAACCCGAAAUUGCCCUGGUUCUGUCUUCGUCAUAUGUGGUAGGUGAGAACUCGAUCUACUUUAAAGAUUCCUUUCUUUUCACCUGUUUUUUUUUUUUUUUUGUGCUUCUCACUCCGACUGAAAUUGAGAAAUCAAGGCGCAACUAAACAUAGGGAAGGGUGAUCUUGGCUCCACGUAACUGGUCUUCACAUUGGGAGCAUGGGUUUUUUCCUGUUCGUGGGUCAGAAGUUGGGGUUUUUAGCGCUUGAAACUGGGGGUUUCUAUUCUUGCUAGUGUGCACUUUCGGGAAUCUUGUUGUAUGUAUCCAUGGCCUUUGUGGGGUUAUUGAUUUCUACUUAUGUCCCAUUACUUCUCCACAUCACUUUCAAACUCUGUUAUAUUGAGAAAUCUUGUGCAAAGUAUUUCUACUGCAUCCUAGUGUGACAAACUCUUCAACCGUUUGAACAACAGAAAGCAUAAGAAGUUCAAAAUGUCAAGAAUGUCAAUUUUGAACCCAAACUGUAGGCAACAAGUCAUUGCAACAGCCUUCUAAUAGUUUACGGCAACCUAGGACUGGAACUAUCUCAGCUGCUUCAAGUAAGGAUCUUAAAUCAUAGACUUGUUAGGCAGCCAAUGGAUAGCUACACCAUGGGGCAUUACUAUAGGCAAAAACACCUUGAUCGGUGGAUAAGAAGGAAUGAUACUAUAUGCUUUUCUCUGGUUAGAAUGGAUGUGGUUUUAUUCAAUAGGUUUUUUGAGCUUCUUGUUGCUGAGGGUCGGUUGAGAAGGACUAGUGAAGUAGAUGUAUUUGAAAUGGUGUAUACCAUUCCUGUGUACCAUUUCACACAACGAGAAAAACAAAACAUUGGCCAUCAAUUUGCUUCGAUCUAGAGAGACAAUAUCAAGAUCAAUCCACCGGGUUUUGAGGGCUGUCAUUAGACUCAAUAACCUAUUGAUGAAGAAGCCCGUUCCCAUCAUUAAAAAUUGCAAUGAUUCUAGAUGGAAACAUUUUAAGGUUAAAAAUUGUAAAGUUUUAAAUUUGUUUUAACUUUUUCUAGCUGAAUGUUUCAUGUUAUAGAUGUUAACAACUAAUUCAUAUGUGUUAAUUUAAUGUUUUGGUAGAAUUGUCUCAGUGCUUAAGAUGGAACUCGUGCGGAGUAUGCCCUAGGAGAGAGCAUCAAGCUAGGUUCCAGGAUAGAAACAUAAUUAAUCUUUCAACGAAGACAAGAAUAUUUUGUAAAGCUUGUUUUAGACUAACCAUUGUAAAUAGCAAACUCCUAUGACGGUUGUAAAGCUUGUUUGUGACUAAUCUAUGCAUGUAAUCCUAUUAUAUUGAAUUAUUUUUACCUUAAGUAGCAGACUCCUACUGAUAACAUAUACAUAGGGACAACCAACUUCAAUUACUCAACAAACAUAAGCUCCAUUUACCCGUAGUUAACCGUUAAAAACAUAGUUGCAAUCUUGCAACACAUAUCCAACAAGAUAGCUACAAUUACACAGACAUGAUAGCAUUAUGCAUAAACAGUGACAACGUAUGUUCUUCUUCGAAGUACAUAAUCUAUAAGAUACUUCAUCACUUAUUAAUUUUCAACUCGAGACAAUCUUCUUUCCACUGCCGCCAGAAAUUUGGACUCCAAUGGGAGGUUUGGUAAUUGAGCUGCUUAAACAAGGUGGUGUGACCCCUGAAUCGUGCUUUUCGCCAAUUUUUACAAUAUCAACCUCUUCUCAUCCUCUAGUUCAGCACCUUUAAUCUUCAAAUUGGCAAUCAUAUACAAAUCAAAAUCAUCGGCAUCACACCAUCCGAACAAGUCACAAUAUCCAUGUAAGCCAAAGCAUAACAUAAUUUUAUGUCAUUUUUUUCAUAAACAACAACAAUCACUACUAGCUGCUUUGUUCUGCAUUAGUAUGUACCCCCUUAUAUAUUUAAAUCGAUCUACUAAUUCGAACAUAUGCCAACCAACUCUUAUAAAAACACAACUCAUAAGUUUUUCUCUGUACAUAAUUAAACUCUUAACCGACUACUCACCUCUACUAGGUACAGCGGGCAUGAAUAUAAUUUCCUUUUGGGAUUGGUUGAGGUAUUGACUUUAGAAGUCCAAACAUCCACUAUUUUUACACAACCACAUAUCUUUCCUUUUGUAUUGUUUGUGGCCGCAAUCGACCUGGUGUCUUUGAUGGGAGAAUUGGAAGAACUCAACUUUGGGUUGUUGCUGUCUUUGUAAGAAUCAUAUAUGGAUGGUAGUGCAAUUUUUUCGUUUAGGAUGAGCAAGAAAAGAGGGUCAGGGAAAGGAGCCCUUCUUAUUAUUCAUUAAUUUAGGACAUUUUUGUACUUGUCCACUAAAAUACAACACUUUCAAUUUUCACACUCUAUCUCCUACCCAAACAUGAAAUUUUUCUCAAUUUCCAUAUGCCAAUUACUAGGCUUUCAUAAAUGUGGAAAUUAUGAUCAAUUCCCACAUUCCUACAUUACUACAUCCAAAUGACCCCAUCAAAUUUUGGAAUUUAAUUGGUAGCAUUAAUGUGAUAUUAUGAGAUAACAUAGGAUCACAACUAAUCAAUUCAUUACACUAAUCCAUAAACAUUAAAUCCUUCAAAUCAAAGUAAAUCUUGAAUUUUUUGUUUACGAAAAUUCAUGUGUGUUCUUGUCAAAACAUAUCACAAGUGAUGAUUGACGUCAUUUUGACAUGAUUCGCCUUCUAAGAAAAUGGAAUGCAUAGAAUACAAAUCCAUACAUAUAUACACAUGAUAACAAUGAUAAUGGAAGAUCUUUCGAUAUUAGUUUAUCGCUACACUCAUCCAUUGGUAAAGAUUCAGAAAUUUAUUAUUAAAUGGAAAUUCAUUAUGGAGUUUUGUAUUAACCCAAAAUAUGAGAUUACUAUAUCGGCAAUUAUUCUGACUAAUUGUGUAAAAAUGAUAUGAAGAAAUAUAUUUAUCAUCUUGCAAUAACUAUAUAUGUUUUGUUUUUUAUGAAUUUGGUAAUAAACGAAAAUAUGUCAGUAAUUUGAUAAUGAGCCCAAGGAUAAAAAUCCUGAAGAGAAAUGAAAGAAAUUCAAGUGGCGGUGGAGUUGAAGUCCAUGUGUACAUAAAUGGGAUAUGCGAGCAAAGUAGGAUGACCAGUCGGUGGGAGAAGAUAGAGUGCUAAGUCCAUAGAGGAUUAGCACCAUGCUAACUAAUUCCUUAACCGUCCACUUAUAUUUUAAAUUUGAUGGCUACAAUUAAAAUGGGGUAUAAUUGGAAACCAAGAGCCAAAAAGUUAGGGAGGUACUAAUUAACGCCCUAACUUUUUAAAAUUAUCGCCCUAAAUUAAUUAAAUAGACGAUUCUACCCCAUUUCCUAAAACGGUCACCACCAAUGCCUAAACGCAUCGUCAAUCCAUCGCCCUAAUCUCUAAUUCUGCUAAGCUCGUCGCCGACGGAAGGAAAACUCCCGCUCAUGAAAUUCACCGGAAGAGUUCUCCACCCACGCCCUAAUUUUCCUUCGCCAAUCCACCGGCGGAAUACUCUGUCCAGCUGACGAAGUUCUCUACUCCACAUCCGUUGUUGUGCCACUCAAGGACGAAGAAGAAUGCACAUCUUUGCCCCUAGCCCAAUUGCAGAUCGUGGCCAAUAGGAUGACUUGCCCGGCGACGGGAUUGGUAUUAGCAGGGAUACGGUGAUGGGAUUCCUUCUUCCUCCUCAAGCUCGCCAGAAACAGAGGUUGGCCGUGACGAAGACAAAACUGAAUCCGACGGAUGCGACCUUCUCCUUCCUCCUCGGCUCGGCAGCAGAGUCUCGGCGGCAGAGGUUCGACCUUCGUUCUUCUCGCGGUGGCUGGGUGCGCCGUGGCGUCCGGUUUGGUUCUCUUGCCUCGGAGCCGCAGACUGGCUGGGCAGAGAAUGGAAUCGGAGGGCGGCGGCAGCUUUUCGUCGGAAGCAGAGCAAGGAGGCACGGAACUGAUGGGGGUAAGGGCGGCGUUGAUUGCCGGGGAAAGGGCGGCGGGGAAGCGAAAGAAGGAGGAGGGGCUGGCGGGUUAGGGCUGUGAUUGUCAGGGGCAAUAUCGUCCGUUCAGAACAGCUUAGGGCGAUAAUUUUAAAAAUUUAGGGCGUCGAUUAGAAGUUCAGAAAAGUUAAAAGACCGAAAUUAAUAUUGAUUAAUGGGAAAUGGGACAUGCGGAUUUUGUGGGAUUUUCGCUAGAGACAGUUAAUAUUCCUGAAAACAAAAAAUCACUACUAGCCUACACAUUCCUACAAUAACGUAAACACUAUUACACUAUCUUGAAAGGAUCUCAAACAUUCAUAAACACUCAUAAUCUUCAUAAUCAAUAACAAAGAAACACUACUAAUAAAAACAUGAGAAAAACUAACAAGGAAAACACUACUAAAAUUGAAAAUCACUAACAAGGUAAACAAUGAAAACAUUACUAACAAAAUGGAAAUACUACUAUUAAAUCAGAAGGAAUACGACAAUAAUGAAUCACUACUAAAUACUAAUGUUCAAGAAUCAUUACCAAAUAAGGUCUGAAGAACACAAGACGUCGUUGUUAAAUGAAGGAACUAUGUACGAAUCUGAUUAAACAAACAAGAAAGGGACUGGAUCCGAAAUUCUACACCCACCCGAAGGCUUCCAUAGCAGAUCUUCAACCCUAUACCUCAUACUUCAUUGGACCUUUUUGUAAAGUUUUAAAAGUUUAGAUACUAAUUUGUAAAAAUAAAAAUAUUUGGGUACCAAAACGUAAUUUUACCAUCAAAAUUUAUGGACUUAUUUGUAAAAAAAUAAAAUUUAGCCACUAAAUUGUAAGAAAAAAUAAUUUUGGGUACCAAAACGUAAUUUAUAAAAAAGUAGUGUGUUGAUUAGGGUCUACCCACUGACCCGGCCCGUCCCGUCCCAUCCCAACCCUUGAGAGUCAGACAGGGUCAAGAAGAAGACAGGGACGGUUAUACAUCUUGACCCUUCAGAGACGGGUCAGACAGGGACGGGACAGGGACGUGACAGACAAAUUUUCAGCCCUAGCUCUGGGUCAUUAAGGAGAGAAAGAAAGAGAGAGAAAGAAAGAUUAUUGACCGAAAGGAAGGAGCAAUUUAUCGAUUUCUUCCCAACAAAAGUGCACAUGUUUGUUAGGUUGGGAUUACAUGCAUACUUACCGAAAUUGCCCCUUCAGCAAAAUCACUCUUAGAUUGACAAAAAUAGAAAGAAAUGGAGAUGAGAAUAAUUAUUACUGGGUGGUUACUAAGGGCAAAUUGGGUAUGACAAAAAUUAUUAAUUAUUUUUUUUAACAAAAUACAUUUUAGGAAGUUACACAAAUAUAUUAAUUACAAUUCCCUCUCUUUCUCUCACUUCCACAAUCUCCAGCCAGAUCUCUCUUCCUUUUUUCCAAUCUUUUCCUUGUUUUCGUUCAGCUGAACUAAUACCGCUGCAACAAUAAAACAAUACCAAUCCAUUAAAAGAACACUACCAAUGCAUAAAACACUAAUAUCAUUCAAGAAAUAAAAACACUACCAUUUCACAAAACACCAAUACCAUUGCAGAUUUAUCAAUGUCAAACAGGGACGGGACAGGGACGAGACAGACAAAUUUUCAGCCCUAGCUCUGGGUCAUUAAGAAGAGAAAGAAAGAGAGAGAAAGAAAUAUUAUUGACUGAAAGGAAGGAGCAAUUUAUCGAUUUCUCCCCAACAAAAGUGCACAUGUUUGUUAGGUUGGGAGUACAUGCAUACUUACCGAAAUCGCCCCUUCAGCAAAACCACUCUUAGAUUGACAAAAAUAGAAAGAAAUGGAGAUGAGAAUAAUUAUCACCGGGUGGUUACUAAGGGCAAAUUGGGUAUGACAAAAAUUAUUAAUUAUUUUUUAACAAAAUAUAUUUUAGGAAGUUACACAAAUAUAUUAAUUACAAUUCUCUCUCUUUCUCUCACUACCACAAUCUCCAGCCAGAUCUCUCUUCCUUUUUUCCAAUCUUUUCCUUGUUUUCGUUCAGCUGAACUAAUACCGCUGCAACAAUAAGACAAUACCAAUCCAUUAAAAGAACACUACCAAUGCAUAAAACAUCAAUAUCAUUCAAGAAAUAAAAAUACUACCAUUUCACAAAACACCAAUACCAUUGCAGAUUUAUCAAUAUCAAUAAAUGCAAAUCUAUACCAUUACAUGAUAAUCAAUACCAAUGCAAAAAAAAAAAACCAAUGUGAAAACACUACCACUACAGGGAAAAAAACUACCAUUCACUAAAAAGCAAUACAGUUACAUGAUAAUCAAUACCAAUGCGAAAAAAUACUAUCAUUACAAAAAAAUCACUACCAAUGCGGAAAAAAUAAUACCAAUGCGAAAAAACACUACCACUACGAAAAUAUCACUACCAAUGCGAAAAAAACACUACCACUACGAAAAAAUCACUACCAAUGCGGGGAAAAAUCAGAUCUAGGGUUUUUAUUCAUCCCACCUUUUCUAGCCACAGCCAUAUCCCAAAGGGAGGGAGGGAGAGAGAGAGAGAGAGAGAGAGAGAAGUGGGCAAGGAAGAAGGGGUGGGCAAACGGUUCGGUAAACCCGAACCGAACCGAAACUGAAUUAAACCGAACCGAAACCGAAUUAAUGCUAUUUGGUUCGGAAUUCAGAAGGAAAAUAUGGAGAGUUCGGAAAUCAGGGCUAUUUCAACCUAAUUUCCGACCGAAAAACCGAAAUACUAUAAUUGCAAGUUCCAAAUGAUGGAUUUUUAUGUUUGUAGUUGUUUUUAGAAUUAAAUAUUUGAAAUGUUUUAAGACUUAUGUGUUGAAAAAUUUGGUUUUAUCAUUGAUGAUGCAUAUAAUUGAUAUUUAUUGUUUAUAUUAGGGGUGAAAAAUAAUUUAAAAGUGAAAAAAUACAAGUAUCUUCACAAAUUCGGUUUUGUGUGAAAAACCGAACCGAACCGAAUUAUAAUUCGGUUUAAACCGACCGAACAUAAUUAUAAUUCUGUUCGAAUUCGGUUUGAGGUUUGGGAGAAUUCGGGGACCCGGUAUUCAUAAUUUCGGUUCGGUUGAAACCGAACCGACCGAAUGCCCACCCCUACAGGGAAGGAAGGAGGGGAGUGGGCGGUGUGGUGGCUGGUGGGCAAGGGAGGGGGAGGGUGGUUGGGUAGAGAGAGAGAGAGAGAGAGAGAGAGAGAGAGUUGGCGGUUGUGGGGAGGAGGAGGAGGGAGGGCAGGUGGGGGGAGGAGAAAGAGAGGGGGCUGGUAGCUGGCAGUUGGCUGUCGUCGUCUAGGCUUCGGCUGGAGGUGAUGGUAGAUUAGGGUUUGGGUAGAAUAAUAAGGUGUGGACUCUUUUUUGUUUCCAAAAUUGCCCUGAAACAAAAUUAAUCGUGAGAUUAAAAAAAGAGGAAAACAAGAAAAAUGGACGGCAGAUAGUGAUGUAGCCACGGUUGUUACUAAAAUUUUAGUUACCAC